AUGUCUAACACCAACGCUCAGAAUUCCCUGCUCGCUCGUCAUCGCCAACUCAGCCCCACCGCUGCCGUACGCGUCUCACCACUCUGUCUUGGUAGCAUGACCUUUGGUGACAAACAAAAAGAGCGCUAUGGCGAGUGCAGCAAAGAUGCCGCCUAUGCAAUUCUUGACCAUUUCUACAAAAAUGGCGGCAACUUCAUCGACACUGCGAACGUGUACCAAGCUGGUCAAUCAGAAGAGUGGCUUGGCGAAUGGAUGGCCGCACGCGGGAACCGGGACGAAUUGGUAAUUGCGACGAAGUAUGCUAAUGUGUCCCCAUCUACUGUUGACGGCUACGAGCCCAAGACCAAGAGCAACUUAGGCGGUACUGGUACGAAGUCGAUGAAACUGGCUCUAGAAGGCUCCCUGAAACGAUUGAAAACGGAUUACGUGGACCUGUACUACGUACAUUAUUGGGACUUUACAGUCAGCAUCCCAGAGCUGAUGCAUAGUUUGAACGAUUUGGUAGCCCAGGGUAAAGUUCUGUACUUAGGUAUAUCGGAUACCCCGGCUUGGGUUGUCAGCAAGGCCAAUCAGUAUGCCAGGGAUCACGGUUUGAGGCAAUUUGUGGUCUACCAAGGAAUGUGGAAUGCAACAAUGAGAGACUUUGAGAGGGACAUCAUUCCGAUGUGUCAAGCUGAGGGUAUGGGCUUGGCUCCCUAUGGCGUCUUGAAUCAGGGACGAUUCCAGACCAAGAAAGGGUUCGAAGAGCGUGAGAAGAAGAAGGAGGGCAGAAAUCUCAUCCCUACGAGCGAAAGAGACAAGUCUGUCAGUGUGGUACUCGAGAAGAUUGCCGAGAAGAAGGGUGAACAGACGACCUUGUUGAACGUCGCGCUGGCGUAUGUGAUGCAGAAGUGUCCCUAUGUGUUUCCGAUUGUUGGCCAGCGCAAAGUUGAGCACUUACAGGGGUCGAUGAAUAGUAUUGGAGUGCUUUUGACAGAAGAAGAGGUUGCGCAGGUCGAAGGGGCGUAUGAAUUCGACGCCGGAUUCCCACAUACCUUUUUGAGUGGUACAAUGUUUGCUGGAGCGGAUGCAAGGCAGACAGGUGCGAGUCAUGCAAGUGAGGUGUCGUUGGCGAAGAGUUGUGGUGAGUUCGAUUAUGUUCAGCCACCAAAGGCUAUUCGACCAGCUGGAACAUGA